CUAUAGUAUCUAGUACAAACCGUUUUGGAGUCCCGGGAAUUUUGUCCACCGGAUGGACGGGUAGAGACAAGGUAACUCGAGGUCACAUGCCUAAAUCGUCAUCGCAGUACCGCCACCAAGCCGACUACCUUUUAACAUGCAACCCGUGAAACAAUACUAAUCUGUUUGUCAAUGUUGCCUGUUCGAAUUUUUGUGGGACAUCACGUGAUGAUAGGAGGUUGCUCUUUCCAUGCCUUCAAGCCCCAUCCAACCACAAGGCAAGCAAUGAAAUCAUGAAAUCGUCGCCUCAGCCUCCAAUUACUUUUCCUACUUCUCUCCUCUGCCGUAUCCUCACCCCUUCUACAAGAGGUGCACUGCAUUCCCUCACCAUAACAUCCCUCUUGCACUUGAACGACCACUCCUCGUGUUCCCCGCUCCCACCCCACCACCCCGCUCAUCUCUCACUACUCUGCAUAAACAUUCCCUCCUCUCAUACCCUCCACUACAACGGCAUAAACAUGUUUCCCAUUCUGCCGUCCAUCUUCCUUCUACCGUCCUUCCAUACGCCUAUCGGCAUAAACACGUUCAAUUUCCACCUGACACACGCUUACCCUGCACAUUGGUUGACACCCCUCCACGCCAGCCUAACCCAACCAAUCACAGCCACAGCAAUGUUUCAAACCACAGAGGCAAAAGUAACUACGCCUCUUGUUUCUCCAUGUAUGUGUCGCGACUUGCUAUGACCUUACUCAAAACCAUACUCAACCUCAUUUCCCCGCGGGGCUGAGCAUACAAACGAAUACAGUUCUCACCUUCCCGAGUAAUGUUUCUGUGGCCUGAAACCACGAAACGAAACAUCAACGGGACAGGGUGUACGUAAGUAUGUACCAGUAAAGCACUGGGAUGUAGGGGU